AUGAAAACUCUUUUUGUGUGCUUGUUCUUGUUUUCCUUCCUAAGAACCUCAAAUGCACUAGACUCCAUUACUCCAAACCAAUUUGUUAAAGAUGGUCAAACACUGAUUUCAGCAGGUGGAAGCUAUGAACUGGGAUUCUUUAGUCCCGGUAAAGUGAAAGGAAGAUACUUGGGAAUAUGGUACACUUUUUCUACUGAGACAGUUGUAUGGGUGGCCAACAGAGAAAUACCACUUGAUGAUUCUUCAGGAGUUUUGAAGGUAACUGAUCAGGGAGUUUUAGUCCUUCUCAAUAGCUCAAAUGGCACUGUAUGGUCAUCCAAUUCAUCAAGAACCGCAGGGAAUAAUCCAGUCUCGCAACUCUUGGAUUCAGGAAAUCUUGUUGUGAAAGAUGGAAAUGAAACCAACCCUGAUAACUUCUUGUGGCAGAGUUUUGAUUAUCCUUGUGAUACACGCCUGCCAGAUAUGAAGCUUGGUUGGAAUUUGGUUACUGGCUUAGAUAGGUAUAUUUCGUCCUGGAGGAGCACAGAAGAUCCUGCUCAAGGAGAGUUUUCACUACGAAUGGACACUCAUGGUUUCCCCCAGAUUUUUAUCAUGAAGGGAGCUAAGACACUGACUAGGGCAGGGACAUGGAACGGUGUUGAAUUAACUGGAUAUCAAGGAAGGCCAAAUCCAGUAGCGGUUUUUGAAUUUGUGAUGACUAAGGAUGAGGUCUAUUAUGAGUACACACUCGUCAACAAGUCAACAUUUGCGAGAUAUGUAUUGAACCCUUAUGGCAUUGCACAGUGGUUUACCUGGACAGAUCACUCAACUAGUUGGGAACCGUUCUUGUCAACUCAAGCAGAUCAGUGUGAAAAUUAUGCCUUUUGUGGCGCUAAUGCUAGAUGUAAUGUCAGUAACACUCCUGUAUGUUCAUGCUUGAAAGGGUAUGUGCCAAAAUCUCCAAAUGAUUGGAACACAACGAAUUGGUCCGAGGGAUGUGUUCGUGAGACUCCAUUAGCUUGCAGCUCUACAGAUGGCUUUGUAAAGUACAGCAACUUUAAACUGCCAGACACAUCUUCUUCGUGGUAUGACAAGAGAAUGAGCCUCAAGGAGUGCCAGGGAAUAUGUUCGGGAAACUGUUCAUGUUCUGCAUAUGCUAAUUUAGAUGUCAGGGAAGGCGGAAGUGGCUGCUUGCUUUGGUUUGGGAACCUCAAUGACAUUAGAGAGUUCACCUCUGAUUCUCAAGACCUGUAUAUACGGCUGGCUGCUUCUGACCUAGAUCCUAUUGUGAAAAAGAGCAAGUUCAGCAAGAAAAAGCUAGCAGGAAUUUUGAUAGGCUUAUCUGGUUUUCUUGUUGGAAUGCUAAUAGUUGGGUUCAUUUUGUAUAAACGGAAGAGAAAACUCAGAAAUCAAGGAGCUAGAAGAAAGCUCGAUUGCAGAAAGGAGGAUUACAAUGGAGAAGGCAGGGAAGACUUGGAGUUACCACUAUUUGACUUGACCACUAUUGCUAAUGCCACUAACAAUUUUUCAAGCAGCAACAAGCUGGGUGAGGGUGGUUUUGGACCUGUGUACAAGGGAACUUUGGAUGGAGGAGAGGAAAUUGCUGUAAAGAGGCUCUCAAAGAACUCUGGACAGGGAUUGAGAGAGUUUAAAAAUGAAGUUCUACUGAUAGCCAAACUUCAGCAUCGCAAUCUUGUAAAGCUUCUUGGUUGUUGCAUUCAAGAAGAUGAAGAAAUUCUAGUAUAUGAAUACAUGCCUAACAGAAGCUUGGACUUCUAUAUAUUUGACGAAGAAAGACGGAAGUUGCUUGACUGGCCGACGUGCUUCCAUAUUAUUGAGGGAAUUGCUCGAGGGCUUCUUUAUCUCCAUCAAGACUCUAGAUUGAGAAUCAUUCAUAGAGAUUUCAAGUCUAGCAAUAUCUUGCUGGACAAUGAUAUGAACCCAAAGAUAUCAGACUUCGGCCUGGCUAAAACAUUUGGGGGUGACCAAAGUGAAGACAGUACAAAAAGAGUGGUUGGAACAUAUGGUUAUAUGGCUCCUGAGUAUGCAGUAGAUGGGACUUUCUCAAUGAAAUCUGAUGUAUUUAGCUUUGGAGUUGUACUGCUAGAGAUACUGAGCAGGAAAAAGAACAGGGGGUUUUGUCAUCCAGAUCAUCAUCUUAACCUUCUUGGACAUGCAUGGACAUUAUGGACUCAAAAUAAUCCUCUGGAACUGGUUGAUGUGACGUUACGUGAUUCUUGCAACAGAACCGUAGUGUUAAUAAGGUGUCUUCAUGUGGGCUUGCUAUGUGUGCAACAUGUACCUGAAGAUAGACCAAGCAUGUCAUCUGUGGUUCUAAUGUUGGGCAGUGAAGUUCAGUUGCCUUCACCAAAGCAGCCUGGUUUUUACACUGAACGAACUGUGCCGGUCACCGAAUCAACAUCAACAACCAGCGACUUGUAUUCAACAAAUAAUUGCAGCACAAUGUUUCUAGAGGCUCAUAAGUGGAGACUUCUGAGGAGUUUAAUCAUGGCUGGUGGGGAUUCGGAUUCUGACAGUAGCUAUGUCCUUAUGAGUGAUGUCACUUCUGUGGGUAGUGAUUCUGAGAACUAUGUCAUUGUGGGUAAAGACAACUGUCUGUGUGCUGAUUCUGAUGAAGAUUUCUUUGGUGGAAGCCAAAAUGAGUUGAAGAAGGUUGUCCCAAGUGCUGAUUAUGAUGAAGAUUUAUUUGGUGGAAGCCAAAAUGAUUUGGAGAACGUUGUCGAUGAUGAAUUUUGUGAUUGCCAACAACAGUUGAAGAAGAAUGGAGGUGCUGACAGUAAUGGGAAUGAACAACUUGGAAUUCAAAGAAUCUGCUGUGUGAUGCCGGUGAUUUUUAAAUUCUUCAACCUAAGACACCUCACGGAAAUGAAGCUAGUCUCGAAAGAGUGGAACAUGAUGGCCAAAUCAGAAUCGGCAUCAAGGUUUGUCUCAAGCAUCUUCGUUGCGAACCUUGAAGACCCGGGUCAUGUUGCAGCAAUUAGAUUCAAUGCUGAGGGCAACUUCUUUGUAGAAAAGUUCCAAGUCAAUGAUUUGAAAUCCUUCAAUUUUCCAGUUAUCAUUUUAGGAUCUUGUCGGAGUAGAGUAUGCUUAGGUGACAAGCACCACAAAAUCCUCCUUGUCAUUGAUGUUUCUACAAAACAGUGCUGGAAGAUUGAAGAAGAAGAAACUGAAGAUAUAGGAGAAUAUGGAUUUGGUUAUGAUACAAUUGAUGAGGAUUAUAAAAUCAUCAAGGUUUACUCAAUGGAGUUGAUUCAUGCUGCUAUCUUUUCACAGAAGAGGGGUACUUGGAGAGACCUAACCUUUCCAGAGUUGGACAUUUCCUUUGAUGGGCCUGGUUGUUCCAUAGAGCCUAGAAUAUAUUGGCGUGAUACAUCUAAAGACUCCUUGGUAAGCUUUGAUCUUUCGAAAGAGACUUUUGAUACGAUUGAACUUCCAAAAGCCUUGCAGAAUGACAACCACAUGACUUUUGGAGUUGUUCGGGAAUUAACUUCUGAAGAUGCAGCAGAAACUCUGUUGAUUUGCAUUUAUGAAUAUGAAGAUUGGGGAGAAAAGAAGUGGUCAGAGCUGUGGAAGCUUACAAAAGAACAGAAGUUUGAGAAGUUAAGAACAGUGGUCCAUAAUGAAGCGGUCAUGAAGCCAUUAUGCUAUCAUCUGUAUCCAAUGACGAUAGUGAUACUUGAGGCAAAGCGGAAAAUCAAAUUGCAUCAUAUUACCGAUGACUCUCAGACAAACAUACCUUGUUUUGGCAGUCUACAUCAUUAUCCGAGAAUAGAUGCUAUAGGCUUUUUGGACAGCCAUGAAUCACCAAUGACAGAUGAUUGCAUGAAGGUUUCAUACUUCAUCUAUUCAGAUCAUAAAUUACGAGCGGGAAGAGAAACAAACCUCGACGCCCUCAGCGGUGGGGGUGGUGGCGCCGUAGCCUGUAUCGAGAUCGAGGCCGAGGAAGAGGAAGACAGCAAGGCAGAGAAAGCCGACGGCCAUGGCGAAGAGCAAGGCUAUGAACCAGCCAAAAAGCUGGAGGCCCUCAUCGAAGCAACAUUGCUAAGGUGCUUCUCGCAAGAAGUCAGAGGUCUAAGAAUGAGCCUACCGGAGAAGACAAGGGAGGACACACAUGACAACCCAACAAUGGAGGCCUCAAAAGAGGAAUUGGCAAAGUUGGAGCAGCAAGUUGAGAUCUUGGAUGUCGUUCGUGUGCCAAGGAAAGGUCAGGAAGAUUCGGACUUUGUUGCUCUCUGGGCUGGAAAAGAAGACAUGGAGGUUUUUGCUCAAAUCUUGGAGAAGUGGAAGGAAGGCCUCGAUGAUUGCAUUGGAGAAAGCUGUGAAUUUGGGGUGUUCAGCUCUGUGCUUCUAAAACACUUGUUGGUCUCAUUACCGGAGAGCAAAGAACGUGAAAUGGUGAUUAAGCAACUAAAAGCUGUACUGAAAAACCUUGCCGGAGAUGAAAGAAACAUUUCGGCUAAGAAGUUCAUAGAGUUGGGAUUUUUUUAUUUGAAAAGUCAGAGCAUGACAGGUGGUACUGGUGUUGUAGAAGCAGCUGAUUAUGGAACCAUUUAUCAGUUCAAGAUGCUAUUGAUCAGAAGCGAUAAACAUGUGGAUGUGUUGAAGCUGAAGAUGAAUAUGUGUAUGGAGAAUUGGAAGCUGCAAGCUCCACCUUCCAGUUCUCCAAAGACAUACUCAUCUUCUGCUUCAACGCAUCCGUAUGUUUAUCUGCUUGACAUUACUGUUCAAAGACUCAGAAAGGUCUGGUUCAGGAAUUUGGUUGAAUACGUGGCGGGCACGUUGCAAAUCGCCGGAGUUGCAGUGAAUCUUCAGGAACCUGAGACUCAGUACUAUGAAAUUCUGAAGAAUACUACAAAUACAUCUCCAGGUAUGCAUGGAGCAAGCUUUAGCUUUUCCAUUUUUACUUGUUUCAACUUCUCUGCAUAUAUUAUGCAUCACUUUCUUUCAGUAAGAAAUAUACAUUCUGGUCAGAAAAUGCAAGCCUUUAGAACCCUUUUUGUAUGCUCUUUUGUUUUCUCCUUCCUACAAACCUCAUGUACAACUGCACUAGACACAAUCACUCCAAGUCGGUAUGUUAGAGAUGGUGAAACUCUAGUUUCAGCUGAUGGAAGCUUUGAAUUGGGAUUCUUUGCCAAGUCAAAAGGCCAAUACUUGGGAAUUUGGUACACUUUUUCUACCGACAUAGUUGUAUGGGUAGCCAACAGAGAAACACCAAUAAGUGAUUCUUCAGGAGUCUUAAAGCUCACUGAUCAAGGAAUUCUAGUGCUUCUGAAUAGCUCAAACAGCACCAUAUGGUCAUCCAAUUCAUCAAGAACCACAAAUAAUCCAGUAUCACAACUCUUGGAUUCGGGAAAUCUUGUUGUGAAAGACAGAAAUGAUACUAGUCCUGAUAAUUUUCUUUGGCAGAAUAUGUAUCUCUCGUCUUGGAGGAACACAGAAGAUCCUGCUCAAGGAGAGUUUUCACUACGGAUGGAUACUCGUGGUUUACCUCAACUUUUUGAAUUUAGUGGAGCUAAGAUACUGACUAGAGGAGGAUCAUGGAACGGUCUUCAGUUAACUGGAUACCCGAGGAGGCCAAAUCCAAUAGCUGAGUUUAUAUUUACAUCGAAUGAGACAGAAGUCUAUUAUGAGUACACACUCCUCAACCGCUCGACGUUUUCUAGAUAUGUAUUAAAUCCAUCUGGCACCACACAGUGGUUAAUAUGGAUAGACUACACACAUAGUUGGGAUGUUUUCUUCGCAAGCCAAGUAGAUCAGUGUGAAAAUUAUGCCUUUUGUGGUGCCAAUACUAUUUGUAAUGUUAAUGCUGCUCCCAUGUGUGCAUGCUUGAAAGGAUUUGUACCUGCAUCUCCAGAAAACUGGAACUCAACAGGUUGGUCCGAUGGAUGUGUUCGAAAGACUACAUUAGCUUGCAACUCUACAGAUGGCUUCUCAAAGUACAGUAACUUUAAACUGCCAGACACAUCUUCUUCCUGGUAUGACAAGAGCAUCAGCCUCAAGGAAUGCAAGGGACUGUGUUUGAAAAAUUGCUCAUGUACGGCAUAUGCUAAUUUAGAUGUCAGGGAAGGGGGGAGCGGCUGCUUACUUUGGUUUGGAAACCUCACUGACAUAAGAGAGUUCACCUCUGGUUCUCAAGACCUCUAUAUACGAAUUGCUGCUUCAGACUUAGAUGCUAUUGGGAAGAAGAGCAAAACCAACAAGAAAAGGCAAGCUGCAAUUGUAAUCAGCUCUGCUCUUCUUGUGAUGGGAAUGCUAAUACUUGGAUGCCUUUUGUAUAAACGAAAAAAGAAACUGAGCAAUCAAGAUGUCAGAAGAUUGCUGGAUUGCAGAAGGGAUUACUUUGAAGAAGAAAGGGAAGACAUGGAGUUACCACUCUUUGACCUGACCACUAUAGCUGAUGCCACUGAUAACUUUUCAAUCGACAACAAACUGGGAGAAGGUGGUUUUGGACCUGUUUACAAGGGUACAUUAAAAGGAGGGGAAGAAAUAGCUGUAAAGAGGCGUUCCAAGGAUUCCGGACAAGGUGUGAGGGAGUUCAAAAAUGAAGUUAUACUGAUAGCCAAACUCCAGCACCGGAAUCUUGUAAAGCUUUUGGGUUGCUGCAUUCAUGAUCAGGAAAAAAUGUUGAUAUACGAAUACAUGUCCAACAGAAGUUUGGACUUCUUUAUAUUUGACCAGGAAAGACAAAAAUCACUCGACUGGCCUACCUGCUACAACAUUAUUGAAGGAACAGCUCGAGGCCUUCUUUAUCUUCACCAAGACUCAAGAUUAAGGAUUGUCCACAGAGAUCUGAAACCAAGCAAUGUCUUGCUUGAUAAAGACAUGAACCCAAAGAUUUCAGACUUUGGUCUAGCUAAAACAUUUAGCUUUGAUCAAAGUCAAGCCAAAACGAAUAAAGUGGCUGGAACAUACGGUUAUAUGGCGCCUGAAUAUGCAGUAGAUGGAAUUUUCUCGAUGAAAUCAGAUGUAUUUAGCUUUGGAGUUGUAGUGAUUGAGUUAUUGAGUAAAGAGAAAAACAGGGGAUUUUGUCAUCCAGAUCAUGAUUUUAAUCUUCUUGGACAUGCAUGGACACUAUGGACUCAAAAUAUACCGUUGGAACUCAUCGACAAGACAUUUUGUGAUCCACAAACCAUAUCCGAAGUGUUAAGAUGUCUCCAUGUGGGUCUGUUAUGUGUGCAACAAGUACCUGAAGAUAGACCAAGCAUGUCCUCCGUGGUUCUAAUGUUGGGCAGUGAUGUUAUGCUGCCUGUGCCAAAGCAGCCUGGUUUUUACACUGAACGGACUCUACCAGAAUCAUCAUCAAGGUCAUGCGACCGGUGUUCACCAAACAACUUCAGCACUACAUUGCUAGAGGCGCGGUAG